AUUCUUCUCUCCACGUCCUCAAUCAUUAUGACCACCAAUCCUUCUCGUCCUCGCUUCUCAUUACUCGACAUUGUCAAACAAUGUGACAGUUUUCCUUAUGCAUCUGAUCCAAAGUUGAAGGAACUUUCGUUCCUAGAUCUGAUAGUGGAUGACAUUCCUAUUGGGCGUAUUCACACAACACUUGUUCCCCACCUUGAAACAUUCAACCAGCAAACGCGACCAGUAUUUCAUAUCACAGAGACGACUGUCUCUUUUAUGCCUUGGUUAUCUGACUAUGAUUCGCGCUCAGAUGCUAUUGCACAAAUGCUGAAUAUCUGGAGAUAUGACCUGAAAAAUUUCCCGCCUCUCUCUGGAUGGAGAGAUGAGUUGUAUGGCGUGUAUACUCAUAACACAGAUCCAGCUACGACUAAAGAUGGUGCAGCUCUGGCGAUCGAACGAUCAGCCUGUGUGCUCUUUGGUGUGCACGCCUAUGGUGUUCAUAUGAACGGAUAUGUCCGCACAGGGCCUAACCCAUGGGAUGUCCAAAUGUGGAUUGCCCGUCGAUCUCUCACUAAGCCAACCUAUCCAGGUAUGCUCGACAACAUGGUGGCAGGCGGUAUGUGCUUUGGUCAUUCACCUUAUUACACUGUUAUCAAAGAGUCCAUGGAGGAAGCCACGAUCCCGCCCAACGUUGCUAAGAAGGCCUUUUCUGUUGGAACUAUCUCCUAUAUUAAACUAAAGGAUGGAACACAGACAGCACCAGAGACUCAGAUUGUGUACGAUCUAGAGCUCUCAAAGGAUAUCACACCAACACCCUGUGAUACUGAAGUACAAGGUUUUCAAUUGUGGACUAUGGAUCAAGUGCUGGAGGCAAUUCGCUUAGGCGAGUUCAAACCCAAUUGUGCAUGUGUCUGCCUGCAUUUUAUGAUUCGACAUUCUGUCAUCACCCCUGAGAACGAACCUGAUUACCUUAAUAUCAUUCAACGUCUACAUCGUUACAUUGAAUACCCAGGCCCUAAAAAAUGGCCAACCUUCAAGGAAGAGCCUCUUUAGACAACACAAAUCCUUAGAAUAAUUACAAUAGCA